AGUGACUUCGCGGCAGCGGCGCUCUCUGCCGGCGACCUCCGGUACCCGGAACAGUGACAUUUCCUUAGUGUUAGUGUUGUGCUGACUCAGCGCCUUCUGGACCGCGCUGACGUCACGUGGAUUUGCGCUCAGGUGAAUAAGCCCAAAAGAACUCGGUGCUAGAACGUCGCGUGACCCACGGCCGCCAUCGACAGCCAGUCAUCCUUGUCCUCGAUUAUGCACUUUAUAGUUCUUGAAUUAAACAUUUUUCCAGAUGAAACUGCAAGCAUCGUCAUGAGCCCAGCAUCUCGCGUGUAUCUUUUAAAAAUAGUGUCAUAAGUGAUUCAAGUGAAAUGAACAGUGAAACACGAGACUCUGUUUAACACGUGGAAAUGAAAAGAGAAAAGUAUAAGUUCUCCGUCUCGGAACUUGGGCUGGGUGAGCGAUGAAGGGGUGGUUUGACGCGUUCCGCGAGGAAGGCGGGCCGACCCUGUACGCGUACCACAACCGGACGGCGGUGGCGGCUGAUGUGCCAGCGCUGGCGCUGGUCAUCGCUGCACUCACGCUCUACAUCGCUUUCCUCGCUGUUUUUCCCGGCAUCAGGAAAGAGAGAUUUUCCACGUUCACCAUCGUCACCCUUAGUCUCUUCGUUGGAACUGUUAUACUAGUGUGCAAACACGGGUCGUCGUGGCACGUGGGGGGCGCCCGGGUGGCGCGCGCUGCGUACCGCGCCUACUCCGCUGAACGCCUGGACUGCUGGCUAGCUGGCCAUGUAGGGCUCGGACACGUCAACGUCACGCUUACUGCGCUAUCCUGGGGUAACACCUCCGUUGGAGACCCUGGAGUGGAUUACAAUGAGCAGUUCCGAUGGGAGGACACGGGCGGCGUUCAGGAGUGGUACAGAGAGGGCCUGGAGCGGGGUUUGCCGUACCCUGUGCUGAGUGUGGCUGAACAUUUCGCGGUGCAACACGAGGGCUUUGAAUGGGGAGCCAAGUACCGCGCAGCGGGCUAUACCACCUCGACCUUGCUAUGGGCAGCACUAGCACUAUGGCUACUAAUGAACCUGCUGCUCGUGGUGGUACCUCGCUACGGCGCAUACGCAAUGGCAACGCUGGGUGUGACGUUGUGUGCGGCGGCCGGCGGCUACUGGGCGUCGCUGCCUCAUGUACCUUUAGUGGUGCGACUAGACGGAGCCACGUUGCUGUUCUCGCUGGGGUGGUGCUUCUGGCUGGUGCUCAUCUCAGGGUGCAUCUGCCUCGUGGUGGGCUUACUAAUCGCAGCAGUGGACCUGGUGUGGCCGCAUCGGUUCUCCACAGUAUUAGAAGUAGACUACGACACGCCGUAUGACAGACACGUGCUCAUCGUCGAUAGCCGACAGCGAGCUCGGCCUCAAACACAGCAAUCCUUGCCGUCUAGAAUACUAAGGAGAUUAUCAUCGAAAACUAGAGAAACAGAGGUUCAAGUCUCUAUGGCGGUUGUGAACGAGAAUGGUCGGGACAACCCCGCCUUUCAGCACGAGCAUCGCAAACCAAAUUCGCCCUGGAGGUAUCCUCUGUUUAGGAGGCAGAUCGACAGAGCGGACAGUGCAUCUAGUAUAGGAUCCAGUAUUAAUGGCCACAGCACGGCAAUCAAAAUGUCUCCACUAGCGGGGAGUCCUCCAAAUCCACCUUUAGCUAUCCCAGCACACAGGUUCCGACCUCAAAUACCUGCUACGGAACGAGUUAAAGAUAUGUGGUGAAAUGGUGCAGUGACCUGAAACUGUGGCAUUUGUUAGUGAAUAUUAUAAUGAACUAUGUAAGAAAUUGACCAAGUAGUGUGAAUUCAAGUUACCGAUCUCCAAAAUGGACGACAGUAAUCAUAAAUAAGGAGACUGUUUAUCGAAAUAUUUAAUGGCAUUGCCUCAUAACAUAAGCGAGGCAGUCUCCUGCGUGUAAAUAUGUACAUUAUACUAAUUAUCUAAAUUAUUUUUAAGCACCUGUCCAGUGUCAUAAAUUGUAAUAAUGUAAAAAUAGGUAUUCUAAGUUAAAUGAUUUUGUUUACCUCGUUUAUAAAUUAUGGUUGUAUAGCAGAGGUGCUCAGGUGUAUUAAUCAUCGGCACAAGUGAAUACUGUGUGCCAUGUACUCACUCCACGAUACAAAUCAGUUCACUAACUCGCACCCUAAUAAAGCAUCAUAAUUUUGCUUUAUUUAUACAUUUCAUUGUUGUCCAUAAGGAGUAAUGUAAAACUAGUCUAGUUAGCUAAAGUUGAAUCGAGCCAAGUUUAAAUACGCCAAACACUAAGUCAUAUUUCUACAUUUUGACUACAGUGGGUACCUUAUUACUCAAAGCAGUAUUUUUAGCCCGUUAUUUAGGGCCCGGUGCCGUUUGCAAGGGAAAGGGUCCCUGUAGUCUAUUAUGUUGUGUAAUGGCACUGUUCGUUUCACUCUGAUGAGAUCAACUUUAUUAGCGAGAUUUAAUUUAAAAUGGAAAAAAAUUGGCAUAAAAAAUAUGUACCUGACUAAAAUGUUUAAUUUUAAACUGACGUAUUUGAAUCGUAUACCGUAAUUUCCUAAUUUAUCAAGAUAAUCCAACAGUUGGCAAGUUAAACACACGCCUGUUCAUAACAUCACUAGGAAAGUCAUUAAGAUUUACUGUAAGUUAUUUAUUUCAUAUGAUAGUGGCAUUGAUAGUACGCGUGAUAUAAAAUUCCAAACAAAAAGUAAGUAUCUCCUUAUAGGUAUUCAUUUUCUAAUAAUAUUGAUUCUAAAUGUUGACAGUAUAUGUAAUAUUAUUAUUUAAAACGCUGAUCAUUUUCAAUGUUGUGAAAAUAUGUUUGCAACAGUGAAUAUGUAUAAGUAUGUGACAUUGCGUAGGUAAAUGUUAACAGUAUAAAAGUGAGAAUGUAGAUAACUAUAGAUAAUAGGAAGAAUGGCUUAGAAGAUUGUAUUUAUUCUCUACGAAAAAAUAAAUGAAUUCAAAUCGAAACUAGAA